GCCGGAGUGUUAAGGCAGCUGCGCCGCUGUUUGUGUGUAUGGAGAACGUGUUGAAGAUUCACUGAGUCAUAGAAGAUGAAGUGGUGAAAACGUGAAAAUAAUAAUCAUUUGAAGAAAAUCGGAAGAAAUGACGACGACGAAGAAGAAGAAACUUCCACUCAGUGAGGCGGCGGCGGCGGCGUCCUCAGGUCAACAGUCAGCGGAUUACGUGGUCGGUCAAGUGUCGGGGAGUUUGUUCCAGAAAACGUCCUCAGCCUCAGGAUCGCUGUCCAAUCUGUUCGGCUCCGCUGCUCCGGCGGCCGCUCUUCUCUUUCAGCCUGUACCUGAGACAAAGUCAGAGCUGAAAGAGCAGCAGGAUGAAACUCCAGAGGUCAAAGGUCAGCCCAAGAAGAAGCAGCAGAGGGAGAAGAGGUCAGAGGCCGAGCAGAAGCUGGACAACAGGGAGAACGCUCUGCAGAACGCUGACGAAGAUGAGCAGGACACGUCCACGAAGAAGAAGACGGCGACGGUGAGGACAAAGAGGACGGCCUCAGAGUCGGGCGUCCACAACGACACCGAGCACUGGGUGAAGAAGAGACAGAGGACAAAAUCCUGCAAAGAGGAAGAGGCUGCCAAGACCAAGAGGACUGUGUUUGUGGGGAAUCUGCCCACCAGCUGCACCAAGAAGACGCUGAGGAGUUUGUUCAGAGACAAAGGAAACAUCGAGUCUAUACGCUUUCGCUCUGUGGUCAGAGAGGAUCCGUCCAUGUCCCGAAAAGUCGCAGCGAUCAAACGUCAGAUUCAUCCAAAGAAGCCGAGCGUCAACGCCUACGUGGUGUUUAAAGACGAGGGGGGCGUCGCCAAUGCGCUGGAGAGGAAUGGUGUGGAGAUCGAGAAAGACUUUGUCAUCAGAGUGGACAGAGUGACGGACAGCUCGUCGCACGACCACAAGCGCUCCGUGUUCGUGGGGAACCUGUCGUUUGAGAUAAGUGAGGUCGUGUUCCGGCGACAUUUUGAGCCGUGUGGGUCAGUGGAAGCGGUCCGACUGGUCCGAGACAAGAACUCUGGACUAGGGAAGGGAUUUGGCUACGUCCUGUUUGAGAACGCUGACUCGGUCAUGUUGGCACUGGAGCUGGACGGCUCGGCGAUGGACGGACGCUCGAUCCGCGUCAAACGUUCAGUGAAGAAAGAGAAGCAGAAGAAAACUAACAGUGAGCGAGGCUCCGCCCACGGCCCCAUGAGGGGGGCGGGGCGGGGUAGAGGCUCCGCCCAUGGCCCCAUGAGGGGGGCAGGGCGGGGCAGAGGAGCGAUGGCUACGCCCGGCAGAGGCUCUGCCCAUGGCCCCAUGAGGGGGACGGGGCGGGGCAGAGGAGUGACGGCUCCACCCGGCCGAGGCCGAGGCUUCAAGUCUCCACAGAAAUUGGGCAGGAACCAGGUGUCGGCCAAUGGCUCCGCCUCCUUCAGAGGACAGAUGGUGGAUCCAAACAAAAAGAUGAAAAAGAAAGAGAGAGUGAAGAGGAAACCAAAGCCAAACAAGGCCGUUCAUAUCUGACCCCUGUCGUCAUGACAACAGAACCAGGACCCGGUGAUCGUUCACUUCUUGUUUGUCGCGUUUGUACAAUGUGGAAAAAGUCAAAGAAAAACAUUUGAUUUUGUCGUUUUCUGUAAAUUCUGAAUGAAUUUUCAACAUAAAUGAAGUUUCUUGAUACCUCACUCACGAUUAUUUUUAA